ACACACGUUUAUCACCCUCAGAGGUCCCACUGUUUAUCUUCAGUGGUCCCACUGAUCAUUUCUUCUUCUUCAUCGAAAAAGCGAGGUUAGACUCGACAGAAUACUCUGCUUACAGUAUCUGUGUGUAUAGAGGAGCUGAGUGAGUGGGAUAUUUGUUGUUUUGCUCAAUUAUCCUUCGUAUUGUGCGAGUGUGAAGCAGCAGGAAAUAUAUAGGCGUGAUUUUGCAUUGUUGCAAGCUGCUCGAGUGUUUAGGAAAAGUGACUUCGUAUGGUAGCAAAUGUUUCAACGGGAGUUUAACACCGUGAUACAAAGUUUUAGCGAUUUUUCGUGACUCGAAGUGGUUGUCGUCGAAUGGGAGAGAUUCCACAAGAUGGCGUCUUGCGUAAAGUGACACUUACGAGCGAGGAAAAGGAAGAAGCGGUUACAGUUUUUCGUUUCAUUGAUUUUCAAGACGAUCUGCGAUGAUUUUAGAGUGUCAUACGCGUCAGAAUGGUGUUGCUUUGAACAUUGAUGAUAACUGGAACCCAUCUUAUAGUUAGAAAGGUUGAAAAGUGAUAUUUUGAUAGCAAUAAACGCAUAGCUAGAAUUGAAUUUUGCUGUGAAGACAUUUUUUUCAUGUGGCUGUUAAAUGGAACAGAUAUCGCAAGCGCCGCGACUGGACUGCGUUGGUGUAUGUGAAUCAUUCACGAAAUCGUUUUUUGUGUAAGUAAAGUGACGGAUUGGCGACAGUGUAGACAAAGCGAUAAAGAGUGACGCGCUCCAACAGAGGACUUUCUACGGAAAAGUUUGGAGUGCUAUGAUUAUGGAAAUGUGAAAAUAACAUAAUUUUAACUUGAAAGAUGUGCAUUUUACCUUGACUGAUAUUGCAAUCUAUGAUUUGUUAUAAAUCUGAAAGGUUCAAGGGUGGAUUGGAGAUUUUCAAUUCUAAAAGUUAUAAAUUUGAACUAACACUAAAGUAAAAAAAGGUUCGGAUAUGCGAGGAGUGCGCAGUGAAUAGAAAACGUGUAAUUUUAGCGAAGAAGAAAUGGUAAAAGUGAAAAAGUAUCAUCGAUUUCAUACUGGAUGUUAAAGGCGAAAUGGCUUAUUAUCAAAUUGUUCCCUCAGAAGAGUUGAAAAAUUUAUAUCAGCAGUUGAACAUUGAGAAUGGAGGAAUUCAGCUAGUUAUGGGCGACGAUGUUCAGUUUGGUUCCCAGCAGGUUAUUCUUGCACCCGAUCAGCCUGAGCUAUUGAUAAAUGAAAAUAAUCAACACCAAUUACAGCAGAUUGUGUACCAGGCACAGUCACAACAGACGCAGCCCCAACAGGCUCAGCAACAGCAACCACAGCAUGAGACACAUUAUCUGAUUCAGCAGGAAGAUGGAGCGCUGACGGAUGCAUUCGGACAACCGAGCCAACCGCAACACAUUUAUUAUUCGGAAGUUCCGAAUGAUGGUUCGCAGAUAAUUCAAACCAAUCUAGUACAUGAUCAACCCCAGCAAACAACACUGCAUACCAUGCAAACCGCAGCUGAACAAUUGCACCAGCAACAACAGCAACAGCAGCAACCACAUCAAGUUUUGCAGGUUGUACAUGGUGUUCCGAGACCGGGUCAACAAAUAAUUCUAAGACAACAACCUCAGGACUCACCGAAAUCUCAACAGCAAAUCGCAAUCCAGCAAUCUCAGCCGCAUAUUCUAACCCAUCAACAGCCUACACAGGUAAUAUUGCAGCACCAGGGCGGGCAUCAGGUGGUUCAUCGUCAGGGACAACAGCAACAGACACAACAUCAGAUAAUUUACGAACAUCAAGGGCACACGGUACAGCAGAAUAUCCAGUUGACGCCCCAAUUGGUCCACCAAAGUCAGCAUCAGUCACCGCAGCCCACACAACGUGUUAGUAUUCAGAAGCUUACUCCUCAGCAACAUCAGCAAUAUAUACAACAGCAAAUUCAACAUCCGCAGCAAAUAACGCAGCAGCAGGUAAUACAACAGCCGGUGCAAAUGUUGCAACAACAAUCUGGCGCUAGACCUUGUUUGAUAAUUACCAAACCUCAGAAUCCUUCGCAACCAACCGCUGUUGCAGUUACCCAACAACAACAGCCUCAACUGCAAACCCCACAGAAUGUUGUACGCGCUCGGAAUUAUCGACCGCGCGCCCCAAGAAAUCCUAACCCACGGUCACGUCCAAAUGUUCCUGUUACAUCUGCAACAUCGGCUCCACCACAACCUCGUCCGACGCGGCCUCUCAACACCAUUACCAAAGUCACACCAGCAACAGCAGCAGCAGCAGCAGUUAUUCGUCAACCAGGAGUUGUGCAACAGCAACAAUCCCAACUACAGCAACAGGCGGUUGUAACACCUAGGACAAACAUAAUUCUAACUAAUGCAGGUCAAAAAAUCGUGACUCUUACUAACCGCCCACCACAUCUCGUGCCGACGAGUUACGGCGCCGCAAAAGCAGCUCAGAUAAAACGAGUCAUAGCCACUUCAACUACAUCUCAGCCACCUCAAUUGGCACCUGUGUCACAAACCCAUCCAGCACAACAACCGGUUGAGGAUCAAUCGCAACAGCAGCAGCAGCAGCAGCAACAGCACAUGCAGGAACAACAAGCAGCUCCGGAAGCUCAAAAACCUGCGGUUUACUCAAAUGAUUUGGAAGACCUUGAAGAUAGUAUUCAAGCAGCAGUCGUUGCGAAGGCUCCACCAAGUUCCUCCUUACCUCAACCAUCGGGACCGAUUGAGCAGGCUUCCGUGUAUCACCAAGCACCAGGAACAUCGGUGCAGUCAUCCCAACAACCUUCGCCGGCUCAAGCUAUACAGCCACAACAGGUUUUGCAGCAACAGUCACAAUCGACACCAACACCUCAGCAGCAGAUACAACAACAACAGCAAUCGCACUCAUUCGAUGAGACUAGCAGCAUUAUACAGUUAGGCAAUGGUCAAACGAUGACCGCGGCACAGUUUCGUUCAUUCCAGGAGAAACAACAACUAAGACAGCAGGAAAACUUCCGUGGAGGCUUCACUCAGCGAGGACGGGGACCGACUACUGCACGAGGUAUGGUCAUUCGAAAGACUCUUCCCGUUAAUCGACAACAGAUUGCACUCCAACAACAACAGCAACAGCAACAACAGUCACACGCCCCAAAUUCCCACAUACAAAUAUCUCAACAGCAUCUCUCACAGCAGCAACAAGUUGUGCAGCAACAACCUGCUCCUCCUCCUCCGCCCCAACCGGAACCAGAACCGCGUGAGAGUGCUAAAAUGUUGGUUAUUCUUCAAAGCGGAGAACAGCGACUCAUAACAUUCACGCUGCCAAAAGAGAGCUGCACGGUGCAAGACUUGCUCGAGCAGGUCGGCGUUCAGUUCUCACCUGAUAGCAACAUCCAAUGUAUAUCGAAUCCGGGCGGUGAUAUUGACUACAUCGUGACGGUGGGCGUCACCAUGCAAGAGACGAAUGAGUAUCUGAAAGCAGCGGAAAAUACGAUCAAGAGUCAGCAACAACAGCAACUUCAGCAUCAACAACAGCAGCAGCAGCAGCAGCAGCAACAACAACAACAACAACAAGCGAUGGUUCAGCAGCAGCAACAAAUGUUGCAACAACAACAGCAGCAGAUGCACCAACCACAGACUCUGCACCAUCAGCCUCCAAUUGGUCUUCCGCAUCAGCAGCAGCAACAACAACAGCACCAGCUCCAGCAGACUCCCUCAAACCACCACCAGUCUCGCUUCAACGACUCAUUCCGUGCUACGAUGGCAUCGACCUCGACGCCUACCUCCCACAUCCAAACGUCGCAGCAUCCGACAGCUGGCGAUUUGGCGAAACUUGACCAGUCGGAAGCAAAAAGUAAAGAACCCCCGGUGAAGAUCGUGAAAGGUUUCCUGGCGGUUUGCCAAACCUGUGGCUACACCGGAAUCGAUCAUGCCAAGUGUCAACGAUGCAAACGUAUUUUCACCGACGCUCCGCGUCGAAUUCCCGAACCGGAUAAACCGAUGCCCUCACCGCAUCCACCUCCGCUUGUGCCGACCGGUGCGCCGGUGACGCCACUUCACACCAAGGUGCUUAUUGCGGGAGACAAGGGUGGCCCGGGGAGUGUCGAACGGGAUGCGAUACCGGGGCUUAAGGGUAUUCCUCUGCAGAAGAAGUCCUCGCAAACAUCGCUCGGAAGCAUGCUGUCGAUUAGAGGGCUUGGCAGGGGUAGUACCGCAGUACGGGGUGGACGUGGCAGGGGAAGAGCUACUUCCUCCAAGUAUGCAGAUGCAGAGCCGGUUAUUUUUACGCUUAGCAGCGAUGAUGAGGACCAUGAUCAUAGCGAUAAGUCCAAGAAUGGGAGUAAGCCGCCUACAGUUGCUGCUGGAGUUCCGAAGGCUCCACCAGCAGCGGAAAUCGAGAAACAAGAACCACUUAAAUGUGAACCUAUCAUACAGGAAACAGAUCAUGUUGAAGAUUUCGUUCGGUUGGAUGUAACUGAAAUCAAAAACAUGCCGGAUGGAUUGAUGACGCACCUUGAAUGUCGAACGAUUCGCAUUGGAACGCUCAAAUACGAUACAACAGAAAAGAUUGUAGUUUCGUCGCGAGGCUUACGCAUUAUUGCACCAAACGUGAAGCGAGCAAAUGAGAACUGCAUACUGGAUCUGCAGUUGCACGAGGUCGUCAAGGCUGUGGUUCAUUUCUCGAAGGUUUUAAAUGUGAUUUUCUUGUACACUUUACCAUCCUGUGGCACAUACAUCCGCGAAAGUCUGGAGAUGGGAUUGCCCGAGGAUAAAACCCCAUACUUCAAUCCCGUUAGUCGAAUAGAUGAUUCCCAUAGACGAAUUACACUGGUGAUGGAUCGCAUAACUGAGGAAUCCAAGUCUAUUUUAAAAAGCAUUUUCUUGACAGAGAAAAUUGAAGAAAUUUCCGCUCGGGAUGCCAACGAAUUGUUGGUGCGUUCGUGUGGUAGCAGCAAAAAUAAUGAAAAUAACUCCAAUAACACUUCCAGUUUGAACACAGUUGACGGGGUAGAAAUAAGGAAAAUUCUAAUUUAUCCCCAAGGAAAAGGAGGAAUCUCAAUCAACACCGAGGACUAUAUGUGUCUAGCGAUUGAUCAAUAUCUGAACGAUGUUAUCAUCGAUUUUUAUCUGAACUAUCUCAAGCUAGAACUGCUGAAAGAGGAGGAACGCAACCAGAUUCACAUUUUCAGCACAUUUUUCUAUAAACGUCUGACAACCAUUGGAACGCGUCACAGAGGUCAGGACAAGGAUCAGAAAUUGACCGCCGCCCAGAAAAGGCAUUCUCGGGUUGCUAGCUGGACGAAAAAAGUUAAUAUAUUUGAUAAGGAUUACGUUAUAAUCCCGAUCAACGAACAGUCUCACUGGUUCCUGGCGAUAAUCUGUUUCCCAGGCCUAGAUAUGCCACUAUCGAUGAAUAGCAAUACUCCAACGCCAAUCAAACGGAAAAAAGCGGCUCCCAAGAAUAAAAAUAUCACCCUCCAAAUAGGUAAUACGACUAUUACCCCCGUGUCGAAAAGGGAGAUGGAAUCGAUCAACCUCGGUGAUGAUGAUAUGAGCGAAAGAGACGAAGCGGAAGGGGAUGACAGCGAGCUGGCGAGUGAUACAGAAGAAACGGAUGAGGAACCGAACGACGGGAAGCAACCAGUUAAACAGCCGAUCAUUCUGAUUUUCGAUUCGCUAACUGGAGCAUCUCGAAGUCGAGUAGUAGCUACACUCAGAGAUUAUUUGACGUGCGAGUAUAAAUGCAAGAUGCCAAACAAACCUGUUAAAGUAUUUAAUAAGAACAACAUGCCUGGCCACUGCGUGAAGGUUCCACAGCAGAAUAAUUUCACGGAUUGUGGGCUAUAUUUGCUGCAAUAUGUGGAACACUUUUUCCUGGAUCCUAUCAAGGAUUACCGCAUACCGAUUAAGCUGCAAAACUGGUUUGAUACGCUAAUCGUAACUAAAAAGCGCGAGGACAUCUCCAAUUUACUCAUAGAGCUCGUGAGGAAACACAAUCCGAGUGUUCUACCUCUGCCGGACAUUAAAUUCCCUACUUUAAAUGGCAAGCUGAUAAUCGAUCCCGAUGACAGCUUCAACGAUGCCGAGUUCGAGGAGGAGGAAAUGGAAGACGAGGAAUUUCAAUCGGCGGCCGAAUCAUCCGGCACGAACGAUCGUCACGUUGAGGAGGAGAGUGGCAAGCUCGUGACGCCAAUAUCCACCACCACCACCGCCACCACACAGAAAAAGACCAUCAAAUUGAAACGAUUUAACUCGUCGGGGAGCAGCGCGGGCGGAAUGGCGACAAAUGUAUCCACCGGUAACAGUAGUAGUAGCAGUCAUUCGCUACUCGUAACAUCACAGAAACGACCGUUGGAUAACGGUGAUAGCAGAUCGAGCACAGAUUGUAAUGUAAGGCCUAAGGCACCCAAAAUAAGUGAUAGCCCUAAUAAAAUAGUUACUACACAAAAUUAGCGUGUAAGAUGAGCGUUAGUGGAUUAGAAUAAUGAAUAACAGGUCCCUGCGGACAUCAUUUAGUAUUAGGUGGCAUAUCGAAACGUAUGGAGAGAGAGAGAGAGAGCGAACCUUGUCUCGGAGAAGCUGGAAGCAACUUGUUCCUAGACACAUGAUCAAUUCUCCCGCUGCUGGAUGAAACGUGCUGCAAACCAAGUGAAGUGGUCUGUGUCAACCUUUUAUUUAGCUAGAUGUGUAUAAUGAAUUUUUUUUUAUUGUCGAGAAAUACAGUCAAAAGCCUAAAUUGAA